GUUGUUAGUUGGAUCAGCCAAGUUGGAUGCUUGGGAGUUAUUACCCAUAAAUAACCUGUGUGAUUAUAGAGUAUGCCAAUUACUAGAUGACGUUUAAAUUUUAAUUUUAAUCAUUAGCUGUUUGUUUAUACAUCAACCAAUGUCAUAUUAAACAGCAGAAAUACUUGAAAACUAUAAAAUGGAAAUUCGCUGUCUACUUUUUACAAUUUUUUUUAGUGUAUUUUUUUCAAAAUCAAGUGGCGUUAUUGGUUUAAAAUCACCUGUUGAAGAAGUGUCAGAUGCCAAAGAUUUAAAGAAAAUAUUGAGAACCAAAAAUAAUGUUCUCGUUUCCUUUAUUAGCUCUGAAAAGGAAGCAACCAAUAUACUCAAAAUUAUCAGAGAAACUGCUGAUUCAAUAAAGGGACAAGGUACAAUGCUUGUUGUUGAAUGUUCAGGUGAAGGAAAAAAGUUGUGUAAAAAGCUGAAAGUUUCACCUGAACCUUAUGUUUUGCGUCAUUACAUGAAUGGAGAAUUUCAUAAAUUAUAUGACAGAAAAGAAACUGUUGCAAGUAUGAUUAGCUUUAUGAGGAACCCGACUGGAGAUAUCCCUUGGGAAGAGGAUGAAGAAACUGUUGAUGUUGUGCAUCUUCCUGAUCCUGCCAGCUUACAGCGUCUACUGAAAAAAGAAACCCGGCCCAUAUUGAUAAUGUUCUAUGCACCAUGGUGUGGAUUUUGUAAAACUUUAAAACCAGAAUAUAGUGCUGCUGCAUCUGAAUUGAAAGGAACGCAUAUUUUGGCUGCUAUAGAUGUAUAUCGUCCUGAAAAUGUUGGUAUAAGAGUGAAAUAUAACAUUUCUGGCUUCCCUACUCUUCUUUAUUUUCAUAAUAACGAAGUUAAAUAUACAUAUGAGGGAAAGAAUAACAAAGACGAUAUUAUUAAAUUUAUGAGAGACCCAUCAUCAUUUAAUGCAGAGUCCAAAGAAGAAGAAUGGUCAGAUGGGGAAAACGACGUAGUUCAUCUUUCAUCUUCCAAUUUUGAUGAAUUAAUUAAAAAUGAAGAAUCAGCUUUAAUUAUGUUUUAUGCCCCAUGGUGUGGUUAUUGUAAGAGAAUGAAACCUGAAUUUGAAAAAGCUGCAACUCGGAUGAAGACUGAAAAGGUGAAGGGAAUUCUAGCUGCUGUGGAUGCUACCAAAGACCGUGAUCUUGCUAAACAAUUUGAAGUGAAAGGUUAUCCAACUUUAAAAUACUUUCAGUUUGGAGAGUUAAAGUAUGAUGUUUCUCCAUUGAGAGAAGCGGAUGAUUUUUAUGAAUUCAUGAAAGAUCCUUCACCACCUCCUCCACCACCUCCCCCUGAACCUUCUUGGGAGGAGGUGCCGUCAGAGGUAGUUCAUUUGAGUGUUGAAAAUUUUAAACCAUUUUUGAAGAAAAAGAAACAUGCUUUAGUGAUGUUUCAUGCCCCAUGGUGUGGUCACUGUAAAAUGGCAAAACCCGAGUUUCAGGAUGCUGCUGAACAGGUCAAAGAUGACCCUAAAAUGGCUUUUGCUGCUGUAGAUUGUACUAAACAUUCUUCACUAUGUCAAACGGUCGGGGUGACCGGUUAUCCUACAAUCAAAUACUAUAGUUAUUAUAAUAGAGAAAGUAACAUUGAUUAUUCAGGUGAACGGAAGAGAUCAGGGUUUGUUGCAUUUUUGAAAAAAAUGAGCCUUGCAUCGAAAGGAAACCAAAAUGUAAAGGAAGAACUUUAAAGGUGGGGGGGAAUAAAAAUUAUUAGGGAAUACAAAUUCAAUGAAAUAUCCAAAUUUAUUUAACGUUUGGUGCUAAUCAUUUCCAUUAUGUUCUAUAUUUUUCUUAAUAAAAGAUAAAGAACUAUUAUGUAGUUGAAAUGUACAAUUCAUAUAGCAUCUGUUAUUAAAAUAUUUUUGUCUAUUGUUAUUAAUUUCCAGCUCAAAAUCAUUUAUAUUGUAAAUUUAGGGAAAUCAUAUUAAUGAAUUUUAAUUGAAAUUUUACUAGCACAUAGAUUUAACAAAAUGUUAGCAAUAAAAACUUUUAAGACUGUUAAUGAAAUGUGAUGCCUGUUAUAUUUUAAUAUACAUUCCUUUUUAUGUGUAUAAUGUUUUGUACCAAGCAAUCAAUUGGUAUUGUAUGUUAUUUAUUAAGGUAUAAUUACAUAGAUU